AUGAAUUGUCAUUUGCAUAUUCUUGAAUAUUUUCAUUCGGAAUUAAAUUUAAAAGGACCUAAAAAUUUAAUUGAAAUGGCUGUAUUUAAUGGAGACUUAAAUACUGUUAAAUAUUUAAUAUCUUUAAAUUAUAAAGUAAAUGAUGAAUCGUUUAUUAAGGCUGUAAAAAAUGAUCAUUUGCAUAUUCUUGAAUAUUUUCAUUCGGAAUUAAAUUUAAAAGGACCUAAAAAUUUAAUUGAUUAUGCUGCUGAAGAAGGAAAUUUAGAUAUUAUUAAAUAUUUAAUAUCUCAAAAUUAUAAAGUAAAUGAUGAAUCGUUUAUUAAGGCUGUAAAAAAUGAUCAUUCGCAUAUUCUUGAAUAUUUCUAUGAUGAAUUAAAUUUAAGAGGACCUGAUAAUUUAAUUGAUAUUGCUAUAAUGUAUUACCUUUCAAUUAGCUUCAAUUAG